GUAAUGAUUAUUGAGGAGUAUAUAAGUUAAAAACUCAGUACUUACUCAGCCAUUUACAUUACCUAGCUAUAACUUGCUAGACAUUUAUUUAUCAGUGUUUACCGUACCGUCUACCUUAUAUAGGCUAUAUCGUGAAAAAUUGGAUAUCAACUAAAUUAAUAAUGGUGAAAAACAAAAUCGCCAUGCUUGAUGUAUCAGAGCUAAUGAGACCAGAGCCAGCAUUUGCUUCCAAACCUAUUGGACGAUACAGGGAUUAUAAUAUAGACCACGAAGAUCCUAUUAAAGAAAGAGUGAGGAUCACAUACACACAAAUGCAUACGAAUCAAACAAUGGAUUAUGUAAAAAGAAAGAUGGCUGAGUGGUUGUCUUUCGAUAAAUUUGAGGCGACUAUUAUGGAAGCAUUGGAAUCCCUCAACGAUUUAGUGGACGAAAGUGAUCCUGACGUGGAUAUUCCUAAUAUUGUUCACGCAUUUCAAACUGCUGAACGUAUUCGCGCCGUUCACCCAAAUCAUGAUUGGUUUCAUUUAGUUGGUCUGAUACACGAUUUAGGAAAAGUGAUGGCUUUUAAAGGUGAACCUCAGUGGAGUGUGGUUGGUGAUACAUUUCCUGUUGGAUGUGCAUGGGCGAAUUCUAUAGUUUACAAAGACACUACAUUUAGCAGAAACCCAGACACCUAUGACCCGAGAUACAACACAACAUUAGGUAUUUAUAAGGAAAAUUGUGGACUGGACAAUAUCUUGAUGUCUUGGGGACAUGAUGAAUAUUUAUACAGAGUCUUAGUACAUAAUAAAACAACAAUACCUAAACAAGGACUAAAUAUGAUUAGAUUCCAUUCAUUUUAUCCGUGGCACUCAGGUGGUGACUAUGAUUUCUUAUGCUCUGAAGAUGAUUUGGAAAUGAAGAAAUGGGUCUUAGAAUUUAAUAAGUUUGAUUUAUACACUAAAGGAGGUAUCACACCAGACAUAAAAGAGUUGAAACCAUAUUAUCAAUCAUUAAUCGACAAAUACAUUCCAGGAUUAAUUAAGUGGUUUUUUUUUAACACAGUAUUAUUAUUAUUAUUUGGUUACCAAAUUGAUAGUCUGAAAUUUAAAUUCAAUAAUUUAGUGAUAACUCCAAAAUCUAGAUAUAAUAUAAAUAUAAUAUUUAAUAAUAUAUUGUUAUUUGUUAGUUGUUGUCUAUACUGUACAGUGUAUACUUUAAAUUUUAGUAUAAUGAUUUUUAAAACAUGUAAAGUAACUUUAAGUUCUAGUAAAAAUUUAAUUUUUAGAUUAAACUCUAAUUGUGUACCAAAACACAAGCCUGUGCAAUUGUCAGAUGCAAAUACACUUGAUCGGUUUAUUAAAGAACACGAAAAAAUUCUUGUAUUAACUGGUGCAGGAAUAUCAACUGAAAGUGGUAUACCUGAUUAUCGUUCUGCUGAUGUCGGGUUGUAUGCGAGAAGUAAAAGUCGCCCAGUAAUAUUUCAACAUUUUAUUAAAGAUCCAGAAAUCCGUAAACGUUAUUGGGCUAGAAAUUUUGUGGGAUGGCCUAGAUUUUCAUCAAUGUCACCCAAUUAUGCACAUAAGUUUUUAAAGAAAUUGGAAGAUAAAAAUAAAAUUGUUCAUAUUAUUACUCAAAAUGUUGAUAACUUGCAUACAAAAGCAGGAAGUAAAAAUGUUCUCGAAUUGCAUGGAACUGCUUAUGUUGUACAUUGUUUAAAUUGUGAUUAUACAAUUGAUAGACAUAAAUUUCAAGAUGUUUUGUCAAGUUUAAACCCUCAUGUUUCCAUUAAAGAAUUGUACAUUAUCAGACCUGAUGGCGAUGUUGAACUCACUCCAGAAGAAAUUGGCGGAUUUGAGGUUCCCAUAUGUCCAAAAUGUGAAGGAAAUUUAUUAAUUCCACGAAUUGUUUUUUUUGGAGACAACAUUCCAAAAAAACGCGUUCAGAGAGUGAAUAAUUUUGUGGAAGAAUGUGAUUCACUUUUGGUUAUGGGCUCAUCUCUAUUUGUAUAUUCGGGUUAUAGAAUAGUCUUGGAAACAAAAUCUGCUAAUAAACCUGUUGCUGUAGUAAAUAUAGGACCAACUAGGGCAGAUGACUGUAUAAAUUAUAAGAUUGAAGCUAAAUUUGGUGAAAUAUUACCAUUAUUAAAUCUUUAAUUUACCUUUAAGAUUUUAUUAUUGUUACCAUUGUAUAUUUUUAAUAAAAAAAAAAAAUAUUUUUUAUUAUCA